GUCUGCUUAACACUAACCGUACCGGAAACCGGUGAAAUGACCGGAUUUAAAAUUCUGCGUUUUCUUUUGUUCAUUUAGUUUCAUAUCAAUUCCUUUUGUUUCUGUUUCCACUAAAAAAAAUUUAUCAUCUACUUUGUUUAUCUCUAUUUUGUAGCCAGUUAUUUGGUUAGCCACGGUAGGAAAAGUGCCGGUAUGGUUAGUGUUAAAGUUCAAUUUUCCUACAGUUUAUGAAAAUGUCUCCAUCUUGCUCUGAAUGUAUUAAAAUUAGUUGAGUAAUAGUAGUUUAAUUUCUUAAAAAUUUAAGUAUCGAAAAUUAGCUUAUCUGUUAAAGAAGAUUAAACAAUGUUGCAAACUAACUAAAAUAUUGUUGUUACACAAACUUCAAGCAAUUUUUUAGUUUUCAUAGAUACAGGAAGGUGGCAGUAUUCCUAUAAAUAUUAAUCCCAUCUUGCCUUCCUUCUUUAUACUUAGCAUGCAUGGAACUAUGCACUAUUGUUACAAUACAUUAAUAGUCACAUAUACUCAUCUCAAACAGUUUUCUACUCUGAUCUACAAAUAUACAAAUGUGUUUAUUGCAGAACCUAAUCCUGGGCCGUGUCCUGAUGGUUACUUAGGACCUCCCCAUUGUAAAAAGGCAUUGUGUUAUCCAAAUUGUAUGAAUGGUGGUAAUUGUACAGCUCCUGGCAUCUGUUCCUGUCCACCAGGAUUUCAGGGACCAUAUUGUGAAGGAGGUAUCUGUGCAGAGAAAUGUUUGAAUGGUGGAAAAUGUGUACAGAAGGACACCUGUGAAUGUCCUAAAGGGUAUUUUGGAUUACAUUGUGAAUUCUCAAAGUGCGUAAUACCCUGUUUGAAUGGAGGUAAAUGUAAAGGUAACAAUAUCUGCAGAUGUCCUGCAGGUUUCAAAGGUGACCAUUGUGAAAUUGGUAGAAGAUCUCCGCAACGUUCUGCUUGCACAAGAGCUUGCAGGAAUGGAACUUGUCAACCCGAUAAUACAUGUUUGUGUGAACCUGGAUGGUUUGGAAAAUUGUGUAAUAAGAAUAAGCCAUGGGCUUGAAAGUAGACACACUUUUCCAUUGUGGUAUUAUGUUUAUAACCAAUUGGAUCAACACAGUGAGAUUUAUUACUAGCCAUUAUAAAUCUUUGAAUAUUAUAUAGACUGCAUUUAUAUAAAACAUAACAUUCUUUGAACCUCGCAUGUAUUUUAACGAGUCUGCUACUCGAAGCAAUGUAUACCUAAAAUACUACAACAAAGUAUUAUUUUAACAAAGAGAAUUAAUUCUCAAGAAAUAUUUCUAAAUCCAAUUGGUAAAUACCACUUUAGCUAACGUGUAUAGUUAGUAAUUUACCCCACCCCAGAUGUGAUAUGUAAAGCUGCUUUACAACAUUUUAUACUAUUAAAUAUUAUUUUUAAUAAUAUACUUUUAUAUUGUUAGAUUUAUUAUAAUGAUUGUAAAAAAAAAAUAAAACGUAUU